AUGCGCUCAAAUUGUGUAGGACAUUUGGGGAACGACACAUUUAUUGCGGCUACUCGCGAUGAAACGGAUAAUAUGUUUCUUGUGACUGGUAAAUUGGUGGAGGAGCGCGUUACUCCCUAUCCACUAGCACGGCGAGUGCGAUUUAUUCCUCUCAGCGAAAUUAUGCCAGCAAUGAAUGAUGAAGAGGGAGAAGAAGAAGAAGAAGAAAAUAGCACACCAGCAGCAGAAGCAGCAUUAUUAAGAACACCAUCACCACCAGCAGCAGCGACAACGAAAAAUGAAUCUGAACGAAGUGAUUUGAAAAAUAUGCGACAUAGCUUUCACACUUCAUUUGAUGGUAAAUUUGUUGCUGCCAUCAGCAAUGGACAGUUGAUGCAUUAUUUAAUUGAUGUGAUGAGUGCUCGCGUGAGUGAGUUCAGAACAAAAGAGUGUGUUAUCAGUGUUGCUUGGCAUCCAACGAGUAACGCACAUUUACUUUUGCUGCUGGCGACCGGAUCACUUCUUGUUAUUCGCGCUAAUAGUGCACGACUAAAUGUUCUUUUUGAGGAUGCCCGAGAAGUGAAUCUCACAGCUAUUAUCGCCGACUUCAAGGAUUACGUUUUUACUGGAAAUGAUCCUACUCUUACAACUGAACUGGAGGAUCCUCGAGGGCGUAAACGUACUCUGAUGUCUGAAGUGUCAUUGGAAAGAAUUGAACAGAAAUCUCCUGCUAAAAUGAUUACACAAUCCAAAGCGAAAAAAAGCACAUCACGAUCAUCCUCAUCCUCAUCGUCAUCUUCUUCAUCUUCUUCUUCUUCCUCUGUUACGGUUGCUGGUGUCCCUGAUGAUAUUUCCCCUCUUCCCGGUGUUCCAUCGUCUCCUGCGCCUCAGACGGAGGCGAUGUCCUCUGCGCUGGUGCACGUGCCAUUCAUGAGUGAUGGAGUUUCGGUAAUGGCGAUGUCUGUUAUUCCCGCAACCCGCAGUCUCCCUGUGAUGUUGUUGUUGUUAACUCGCAGUGGCGACGUCUUUUCCAUGAAACUCAGUGACGAUGGAUUGCCGGCGUCGUUGGGAAAAGAAUACGACGGUCGCGUUGAGACUAUUUUGGGCGAACAACCUGAAAAGCCCCGCGAUAUUGGUCCAUCUCCAUGUCUACAUUACUUAAUACGGGGUGGGACAUCAUGCUCAGGUUACGCCGAGCAGCCACUCGCUAUUGGAUCAGCGAUGAUAGAUGAAGACGUUGGAAGAUAUAUUGUCUUUGUGCUCUUCAGUAGCGGUGUACUGCGUGGUAGUUGGUUCAAUGAACCGGAUCUGCUUUGUCAUGAUCUCAAGAGGCAGCAGAUGGAUAUUUCCAUCGCCCUUGACGCUGCCCUAUCACCAGAGUAUUUAUUACCCACUCGUGUUCUUCCCUGUAUGACGCAUCUUGUUGGAGUGCAAACUUGUGGAAAUACAACUUUAAUUCGCUACGAUGAUGCAGCGUAUCUCUGUGUGUGGCCUAUGUGGUCUCGCAAAGCAGCAGGAUGGGUGUAUCGCGAAGUUGGUACGAUUGGAUGUCAGCGACUGCCUGUUAUUGGACGCAGUGCGGCAAUUCCUGAACCCAUCGCAUUACGACUACCGUAUGAUGUAACAGAUGCAGGUGUGUCCAUUGGUGUAAAUGAUAUUCUUAUCUUUCCAGAAGUAGCUACAAAGUCUGAACCAUGUAGACGCUCAAAACCAAUGCUUGUAAAGAUUUCUAGUAUUAUACUAGCCGCACUUUUCGCACGGGGAGAAGAGUAUUCUCUGACGUUUGAUGACCCUGAUGAUCCUGUUUCUUCUACUUCUUGUGGUGUUGGUGUUGUUGGUGGUGGUGGUGGUGGUGAUAGUAGUAAUAGUACGACUGGUACUGGUGAUGGGAAAGAAAAGAUUGAGAGUAGUGCGCAUCAUCGGCGACUUCAAAAACUACUUGAAAUGACGGCUGAAUCUUUUAAUCUGUGGAUCUGUGGUUAUCCACAUGAUGCUAUAGAUAGUAAAACCGCCGUGUUGGCACAGGGUGUGAAGGAUAUUCACGAAGUAAUGCAAAAACGUCAUAUGGACUUGCAGAGAAGAGAGGGACAACUCGCCAAUCGUGUACGUCAUUUAAUGGAGAAACAACAACAAAUGACAGAAGAUAUUGCACACUCGCAGCAUAUUGUACGCGAGGCGUUCAUGCAUCGCCGUGGAGUCGACUCACUCUAUGCAGCCAACACAACGUUUGGUAAAAUUCACAAAUUAUUAAAUGAAUUGGAAGCUCUUGUGGUGCAGCGAAAAACGAACAAGGUGAAGGAUAACCAAUUGUUAGUUUGUGAGGGAGAGAAGACAUGCACAGAAUCACACGAAUGA